GCUGGCUUUUCUUUUUGACUUUAAACUUGAUUUUUCUGUUGUCUGUCGUACUUCUGAUACCUGUUCCGUGUCCAGAUUCCCAGGGUUUGUUUUGCCGUGCCUGGGGGUGCACCCAGUCCAAGAGGUUUCGCCAGAGGAGCAGCGCAGCGUUACUCUGAAGGAUCUGGAUGCUGCAUUGCCGCUUAUAGAACUCUACAAAGAUAAAUUGGUGGGGAUCGGAGAAGUUGGACUAGAUUUCACUCCCAGAUUCGCCAGCACGGAUGAACAGAAGGAAGGACAAAGACAGGUUUUGAUCAAGCAGAUUGAGUUAGCAAGAAGACUGGAUUUGCCUUUAAAUGUUCAUUCCCGCUCAGCUGGAAGACCAACCAUUAAUCUCUUAAAGGAACAAGGUGCUACAAGGGUGUUGCUCCAUGCGUUUGAUGGGAAGCCAUCUGUAGCAAUGGAAGGGGUGAAAGCCGGAUACUACUUCUCCAUUCCUCCUUCCAUUGUAAGGAGUGAACAGAAGCAGAAGCUUGUAAAACUGUUACCUCUGGAAAGUAUGUGCUUAGAAACGGACUCUCCUGCUCUGGGGCCUGAAAAACAGGUGAGAAAUGAACCAAAAAAUAUUUACAUAGCUGCAGAAUAUGUUGCCAAAAUAAAAGAAACUUCAAUUGAAGAAGUUAUAGAAGUGACUACACAGAAUGCACUGAAAGUAUUCCCCAAACUUCGGAACUUUCUUCGGAUAUAGACUUGGAAACUGAAGUGUAUGAUAUUGUGGAAACUAUUAUUUAUGGUAUAAUGAAUAAAACCAACGCGCAUCUCGUCUU